UCAUUGUCAAAUUCCUAUUUGUAGAAGUUUGUUUUGACGAACUUAUACGAUUUUUUAUAUUAUCUAACGUAUUUAUUUACUUAAUAGUUAAAUGACUAUAUCAGUAUAGUUUAGAUUAUAAAAGAUAAAAGUAAUCGCUUUCUUCAUGCGGUAUUCAUAUUUUCUAUUAAAUGUUCCAUUGUUUUCUUUAUCACAUAUUGUUGGCAAACCGUUCAGUCGCAUUGCAAGUGUAACGCCCAUUAUGGAGUCUCGUCGUCAAGCUUUACUUCUGUCUUCAUCAAAUUGCCAUGGAUAUUCAUUGCUCGAGUUUGCUAAAGAAGAAAUAACCUCAUUUUUACAGAAAAAUAAUGUCCAUGAUCUAAUCUUUGUGCCUUACGCUCAAAAUGAUUUUGAUGGUUACACAUUAAAAAUAAAACAAAUUAUAGAUCCGUGGGGAUUUAACGUAACAGGACUUCAUACAUAUCCAGAUCAGCAAGCUGCAGUUAAUUCUGCUAAAGCAAUAUUUGUUGGCGGAGGCAACACUUUCCUCCUCCUGAAGCGUCUUUAUGAAAAGAACCUGGUCAAACUUAUCAGAAGUAGAGUUGAUGAAGGUAACCUUUUGUACAUAGGCAGCAGCGCCGGAACAAAUGUGGCUACUAAAAGUAUAAACACAACUAAUGAUAUGCCUAUUGUUUAUCCACCAACUUUUGAUGCUAUUGGAAUUGUCCCAUUUAAUAUAAAUCCACAUUAUAUUGAAAUGGAGAGUAAGACUCAUAAAGGAGAGACAAGAGACCAAAGAAUCAAUGAGUACUUGGAAGUCCAAGGUGGCCCCGUGCUUGGCUUGCGGGAAGGAUCAAUGUUACAUGUUGAUGCAUCCAAACUAAUUAUUAAAGGAAUUGCUGGUGCUGUUCUCUUCAAAAAGGGCCAGGCUAAAACAGAAAUCCCAGUUGGUGAAGAUGUUUCAUUAUUGUGCAAGGAUGUCAACAGUGUCAGCUAAACAUUAGUGUAUGGAAUCUACGAGAAGUUCAGUGUGAUUCAUUAUAAUCAUUAUACACAACAAGUUAUUGUUUAUUUAGUACUCAAUGUAUACACGGUGUAACAUGAGUAAACCGAAUAAUUUUAACAGCGUAUUCCUGAUCAUAUUUAGAGACAAAAAUGUCCUAUAAACUUUUUUGAAAUUCGCCUAGUUUCAGAGAUAUUAUUAAUUAAAAAAAAAACAAGUUUUUAUUGUUACAUAGUGUACGAGGCCUUUUUGAUGGUGAUGUUGCUGCUAUGGGACGUAGUCUAAAUAUCCUUAUUGAUAGAUGUCAAAAAGUGACCAGUAACACUUUGCAAAAUGUAGGUUUUACGAAAAAAAAUUGUAAAAAUCAAUGUUAAGUGACAAGUUUACCAAUAACAUUUAUUUUUUAUGAACAAAUACAUUAAAAAAAUUGAAAAAACAAAACAACAAAAAAAAAUAUUUUUUGGCGAAAUUGACUUAAACUUAUAUUAAAUUUUUUACUUCUUAUGACCUCAGAAAUGCGUGGUUAAAAUUAUUCGGUUUCCUCAAGU